AGAGAUCCAAGAGAGGUUAGAUCUUUGUUUACUAACAAGAAAAACUAAAAAGUAAUAGUACCUAACUGUUUUUUGGCGUAAUUUUAUUAUUUGCAGCCGUGGACGCUCAUAAUCUAGAUUUUAUUAUGAGUUUACCAACCGAUUUUGGCCCGGAUUCGGGCGGUAGAAUUAAGGGACUGGUGAUAGUGAAACCCAUAGUUUACGGCAAUGUAGCGCGGUAUUUCGGCAAGAAACGAGAAGAAGACGGUCAUACUCACCAAUGGAGCGUGUAUGUAAAACCGUAUUCAAACGAAGAUAUGUCUGCGUAUAUAAAGAAAAUACACUUCAAAUUGCAUGAAAGUUACGUUAAUCCUAAUAGGAUAGUGACGAAGCCGCCGUAUGAACUCACAGAGACGGGAUGGGGAGAGUUCGAAAUCGUCAUUAAAAUAUACUUUCAUGACCCCAACGAAAGACCUGUAACUCUCUAUCACAUUCUGAAGUUAUUCCAAUCGCCAGUCAGCGAAGGAAAUUCUCCAAUUGGCAGAGCACUAGUUAGUGAGUCCUAUGAGGAGAUAGUAUUCCAGGAGCCAACUCAACUGAUGCAGCAUUUACUGAGCAAUGUCAAGCCCGUCACAAAUGGACAAUGGGCACAUGACACUAAUUUUGAAGAUAAAAAAGAUAAGACAUUGGAGAGGAUAGUAUCCGCGCAGGCGAAGGUACGAAACGAAAUAUCGGAGUUAAAACAAAAGUUGCAACUUGCGAAAGAAACCAUUACAAAAUUCAAAGAGGAGAUCGCAAAAGUACAGAACAACCCAAGCCAAAGCGUUUUGUCUGCUGUAUAGAGCUUAAAUACUAAGUAAAAGUUUGUGAUAUUUUGGUUGUCUAGAAACUAAAAUUACAGGACUUUUUAACUAAUAUACCGCUAGCCUUUUUACAGCAUACAAUCUGUAUGACUUAGGUAAUUAUGUAUAUCGCAAUAAAAUCCAAACAAUAACUAAACUUGUUAGAAAUCUUUAGAUUUUUUAGUCUACUUUUAGGAUUUAAAAAGAAGACAAUAUAUAAUAUUUUAUACCGUAAAUUAUUGCUAGUUAUUUGAUCUCUAAAGAUUUUCUUUACCAGUCACUCAAUUAUAUUUUUUGUAUGAGACCACCCUAAAGAUUUUUUUUUGUGUGUUCCUUUUUCCCUCCAACAUGGUGAUCAGGGAUUGUUUUAGGUUAGUACAAGAGUUGGCUUUUUUUCUUCUUUUUUUACCUGUUUAUUCUAAAUCUAUUGGAACUACAUACAACUUAAUUACUUUAUUAAGUAAGGGAAAGGAUCCUUCCGAAGAGAGAAUUGAUUGAUAGUAUAACGAGUUAUGUGUGAACAUCGACGAAAUGUAUAUACAGGUAAAACUGAGACAAAUAAUUAAAGUUUUUUUUCUUCUUGCCCUUUUCUUUCCAACGCGUGGUGAGGACAGCGACUCAUCUCUUCUUCAAAAUUGCAGACAAACCUGUUGUAUUAACCAAUACAACAGAUUCAGAUUCAGAUUGUCGGACGUAAAACAAUAUAGUAUCUGACUACAUAAUCAAUAGAAUAAUUUACACAGUAUUCAAUAGAAUUAAUUAUAUUAUCAUUUUAAGAUAUGCCAAAUGUUGGUUAGCAAAUACAGUCGAUUUCUUUUC